AUGAAACUGAUACUCACAAUCUCAGCGUUUCUUAGCCUUGUCUCACCUUUCUUCGGUCAGCCCACUUCUGAUGUCAAUGUAGACUGUGUGACUACCAGCAUCACUUCAUCCCCAAGCAUUGCUGCUACCGUACCUGCACAACCCUCUGCACCACCGCCCGGCAUUCCCAAUCCAGAGAGUGGAGUUAGUAACCUCAUCUCACUCCUCCAGCGUCUCAGCGAGCAAGCUAUUGUUCUUCAAAAGACACUCUCUACAGUCGAAUUAGACAAGAAUAGCAUCCCUUCGAUCCGCGCCCAGACCCGAGCCAUUACCGCCACAGGCGACGCCUCAACAGCCCAAGCGCUCGCCUUGGAUUACCUGGACACCCUUGACAGCACAAGGGUGACUCUCAGCACCGCCGCAUUAAAGCCGAUUUUCGGUCACUUAUUGACGAUUAUCAAAAAUAAGAAAAUCCCGCUUUGUAAAAUACAAUACUGCAAAGAGAUGCACGACUGGAUAGGAGUGGUGCGAAUUAGCGCACUUAGGCUGUGUGUCGCUGUCACUGGUAUAGUCAAAAUUUCGGAAGGGCUUUUGGUUGAGGAGGCUUGGGCCAGUGUGGACCGUCGGUUCCCGGCAGUCUUGUUGGAGUUUCACGGGCCGUUUGCUUGA